GCUGCUGCAGUACGGAAAGAUUAAAGUUUCACAGCGAGGCAGUGUGAAUUAUGUAGGAGGCCGGUCUGGUGACAAGCUGCAGCCUGCGUGCAUGCAUGAAUGCGUGUGCGUGCGUGCGUGCGUGUGUGUGUAAUAGAGUGAGGGGGUAUCAACAGGGAAGAGAGGAAUGCUCCCCGGCAUCACUUGGGAGCAAAGUGGUGCACUGACGGCUGAUGCUAGGCUAGUGUGCAUCAAGCUGGGAGAUGGGAAGCAAGGAUUCGUCGGUGACACAAGCAAGACAGACGGCUGCGGCGACGGCAGCGUUAGACGAGUACAAUCCCUUCACCGACUCCAAAACGACAACAAUGGCGGCCAAGCCCGGCGUUCCCACGCAGCCCGCCAUCAUGAAGCCCACAGAGGAGCCUCCGCUCUACUCGCAGCCUCGGACACAGGGCGCUCCGGAACCGCCACCGCCGCCGACAGGGGGCGCCGGCGAGCUGCUGAGGAGGCAGGAGGAGCUGGAGAGGAAGGCUGCAGAACUGGACCGACGAGAGCGAGAGAUGCAGUCGCUCUCUGCCUCUGGAGGCAGGAAAAAGAACUGGCCCCCGCUGCCAGACAAGUUCCCGGUGGGUCCGUGUUUCUACCAGGACAUCACGGUGGACAUUCCGGUGGAGUACCAGAAGACGGUGAAGAUCAUGUACUACCUGUGGAUGUUCCACACGGGGACGCUGCUGGCCAACCUGGUGGGCUGCCUGGCCUGGUUCUGCGUGGACUCGUCACGCGGCAUGGACUUUGGCAUGGCCAUCCUCUGGUUCCUGCUCUUCACACCUUGCUCCUUUGUGUGCUGGUACCGGCCCGUCUACGGAGCCUUCAGGUGGGUGACGCUCAUCCGAGCGUCCUUCCCUUCGUGCGUCGCUCAUUUUCUUUCCUUCUUCUCUUUGGCCACAGGAGUGACAGCUCCUUCAGCUUUUUUAUUUUCUUCUUCGUCUACGUCUGCCAGGUGGGCGUCUACGUUGUCCAAACCGUGGGCUUCACCGGGUGGGGCGCAUGCGGGUGGAUCUCUGCUCUGGUCGUCCUCAACACUAACGUGGCGAUCGGCGCCCUGAUGAUCCUCAUCGCCGCCCUCUUCACCUCGCUGGUGGUCAUGUCGCUCAUCAUGUUCAAAAAGGUCCACGCCAUGUACCGCACCACCGGCGCCAGCUUCCAGAAGGCCCAGCAGGAGUUCGCCACGGAGGUGAUGUCCAACAAGACGGUGCAGACGGCCGCCGCCAGCGCCACCUCCAGGGCGGCCCAGGGAGCCUUCAGGGAGCAGAUCUGAGCGCUUCUUCUCCUGACGCCGCAACCCGAGCGAGGGAAUCAAACAGGCGACCACGCCGCCAACGUGUCGUUCAACUAACUGAUUGUGUGUGUGUGUGUGUGUGUGUGUGUGUGUGUGUGUGUGUGUGUGUGUGUGUGUGUGUGUGUGUGUGUGUGUGACUGCCUGCCUCAUCUUUCCACUUGCAUUUCUAAUCACUACUUCCCUUAUUUAACAUUAGAAAAUGACACCAAUUGUCCGCUAAGAAACUGUAUAUGUACCUCUGCUGCCCCCGGCGGUGCGGUGGUGUAUUACACUAACUGAAUGCUGUGCGUUCUGUUAUGAACAUCAUUUAACGUUCAUAGAUUUAUUUUUAAAGAAAGUUCGAAAUGGUUGUCUAAACCCUGAAAAUAAAAUAAUUUAAAUGACAGGAUUUUAAAAAAUAGCAUUUGAUGUCAUUUAUACUUGAUCAUUUCUCAUUCGAAUCGAAUCAAAGUGAAGCUGUUCAAGUGUCCUUUAAAGCCACAUGUUCCCAGCCGGAAACUUUUAUAAUUAAUCAAAUGUAUAAUUAUUUACUAGUAUUAUAAUAUUAAAAAACAAAUAAUGAUUAUUUUGAAUAAUAAUAAUAAUAAUAAUAAUAAAAGGGUAUUUGUUUGGUCCUCCGGCCCUUAUUUCCUUCCGGUGCAGCCACGCAAGCCUGCACUUUACAGUAGAAACCUUCUUUCUGGCUGCACCUUCACCUCACUUUGCCUCAGGAUGCUCUCUCUGUCUUAUUAAGUCGGAAAAACUCUAGAAAGUGGGACUAAAAGAAGGAAGACGACACGGUCAGUGAGUUGGAUUCCCUGCUGGAAACGUGAGCCAAUGUCUUCAAUAGGCGUGCACCGUGAUCAUCAGGGAAUUAUGACGGCGUAGCGAUAAAUCCGAUAACAUGAAAAAAUACCUCCAGUAACCCAUCACGAAUGGCCCAAUGAGUCGAGAUUACCCAUACUGUGCAGGUGAGCAAAUCAAGCGCUCCUUUUUCCUCCUGCCUGUGACGUUAACGUGCUGUCGUGACGCCCCCUCGGCUCACUCGGAAACAAACAUCAGGCACACAAAAAGUGUCAUGGCAUGCAAAAAGUUUGCCAGAGACCUCCGUGGCAUCACAGCGGCCGCUCGGAGCGUGUGCCCGAAUACAGUGCACCUUGCUGGGCCACAGCAGGUGGCUCCUCCCCAUCUAUACUCUGGUUCUCCUGAUAGUAGUGAUGUCAUGAUAUUUCAACAGGUACACUUGGUCACAUCCUCGUUUGUUCCAGUCCUUCUUACCUCCACGUGUGCACACACGACACUUACAUCUACAUUUAAAAAAGUUAUUGGUAUCAGGAAAAAAAAGAUAUGGUGAAUCUCUAGUCUAAAAGUAUCCAGCGAGGGCUUUUAGCAUGUAAUGUAAUAAUGUGCAAAUGUGCAAAAAGCACUGCAUUGAGUCCAAAUAGUAGAAAUACUGGCAAUGAAAAUGUGAAAAAACACGUAAAAUAAAUAUACAUGAUAUACAGGUAUUCUUUGACUGGAAUGUUUUGUCCUCUGUUUGUUGGAAAUGAAGAGUUUCUGUUUUUUUGGCUUCAUUUGCACGAUGGACUGAUGUGAGCGGUGUAUAUCUGUUCUUGUAUUAAGAGUAAAAAAAAAGUUCUUAUCCACACUUUUUGAUUUUUCUUCUAUUGAAAACAGCAAAAAAAAAGUCAGUAUGAUUAGAAUUCGAAGCUAAUUCCACGAUGGGUACUAAUAAUAAAUGCAUUGCCAUAUAGUCUGAAGUGAUAUCUAAAGUAUAUUAAGACAUCAUUUGUAUUUCUAAUACUGGUUUAAUUGACUGUGAUCGGCUCCUAAGCAGCAGCAUACAGUACAGUAUAACCAACCAGGGUGAACUAGCGGCGGUCAGCCACUAGAGGGCACCAUUUGUAUACUUAACGUGUGAGUGUAUCUUUGUUUCCUGUUUUUUUUUUAGCUGUGAGCGGCCUCUAAAUACCAGCAAGCUUGUUCGUAAUGCAAUAUGACCAAGGUGCACUAGCAAUAGUUGGCCACUAGAGAGCAGCAUUUACACAAUGUGUGACGCCGUCGAAGCCCAACGUCAACACUUACUGUAGUGUGUACAUUGCACACAGUAAAUAUUGUACCCAGAUAAAUGUUGAACCGACCAUGAUAACUGAAAUGUUGCAAAAAUAGACGUUAGUGUUCAAUCUACAUUUUAAAAGUCUUGGAUCUUUUGCUAACCACUAAAACUUAAUAGAUGCCAUCAUGGACCAAAAGUCCAUUUUAAAGACACGUAGGCAUGCGCACACAGGCACAAACUCAAAUGACGUGACUAGGCAGAACAAAAGUCCAACAUGUUAAACAGAUGUUAAACGGGGCUCUCUGGCUAACUCACAAAACUACGUUGUGCUAAUCCAGACAUUUAUAGAGUGACAAUAGGGUCGACCAAUCACACGCUAGCAAAAAAAAAAAUCGGCUGAACCAAUCGAUGAGCUGGUGAUCGGUCUUCAAGGAGACGGGCUUCAGUUUGAGCGGCCGUUUUCCGCUUGGUCCUACUGCUUGUCAGGUUUCCUUUUACGAUAAAAACUACAGGGGAAAAAAAAUUCCUUUUGAAAAACCUGCAUGGGACAUGACCCAACUGGGGUGUCCGAAAUGCGGCCCAGGGGUUUUCUGCAGCCCACAGCUUGUUUUUUUAGGCCCACAGUAAACCAAAAAACUAACCAAAAAUGUGAAAAAUAGAGCAAAAAGGCAAAAUGUAAAGAGAAGAAGCUAAACUAAAUUGAUAUGAAGGUUCAUUUGUUUCUUUAUUACCAAAGUUUUUUUUUAAAGACACUCAAUGUAUUUAACUGAAUUUUUGGCCUUUUAAUUUUGCGGGGUUU